UGGCUACCAAAAGAGAUAGAAUAACGACGAGCGCGAGUGCGAUGCACUGUCAAAAAAGCCACCCGUCACACCAUAUUACCACUUUACCCCACGAUAAAUAGAUAGACCUUCCCACACCCGAAAAUGGCAUCCAUAGUUGCUGCCUCCUCUGCAUUCUCCACUAUCCUCACUGCUCAAUUUCUCAUUCCUUCUUCUUCGUCUUCUUCUUUCUUUCUCAAAACACUCACUCGAAGGUCAACUGCGCCGUUACUGCGUCUUUCUCUUACGUCACGACGACCACUGCGCAACCUCAUGGCUUACGCCACCCUUGGCCUCACUCGCCCAUCCAACACCGAAACCCCCAAGAUUUCUUUCGCGUCGAAGGAGGUUGACGUGGUGCAAUGGAAAGGGGACCUGCUCGCGAUUGGCGUCACGGAGAAGGACUUGGCGCGAAACGCCGAAGCGAGAUUCGAGAAUGCGAUUUUGAAUUCCGUGGACUCGAAGUUGGACGGAUUGUUGGCCGAGGCUUCCACCGAAGAGGACUUCACCGGCAAACCGGGCCAGUCCAUAGUUCUCAGAAUCGCUGGUGAACUCGGAUCCAAGCGCGUGGCCCUGCUCGGCCUCGGCGCGUCCGCGUCCACCUUCGCCGCGUUUAAGUCUCUCGGUGAGGCUGUUGCUUCUGCCGCUAACUACUCCAUCAAAUCGCUGCAUCGCCGCCAAGAUUCUCCUCCGCGAACCAUUGACGCCACUGUCAUUACCAGAUCAAACGACGCCUCCAGCGAGUUUCUCUCCUUCUUCCGUCGCCACCGACGUCGUCUUUAUCAAGAUCCAAUUCCUAGACCAGCACCAAUUGCUGCAACAACUGGCUCGGCGUCUUCUACGACCGUGACUCUCGCAUCACCGCAAGGAUUCUCCCCCGUGAGCCAUUAA